ACUGAAGUUCAGACUUGUGCUCUUCAGAUACUGGUGAUGUGGCUGGGGCUUCACUAGCCUCACUAUGUCUACCGUUUUCGGUUUCCAGAGUCUAUUGACUGUAAUCUUGCUGCUUAUAUGUACCUGUGCUUAUAUCCUAUCCUUGGCACCCGGCCUCCUAGACAGAAAUAAAACUGGAUUGUUGGGUAUAUUUUGGAAGUGCGCCAGAAUUGGUGAACGGAAGAGUCCUUACGUCGCAGUGUGCUGUACAUGAUGGCCUUCGGCAUUUUCUUCAUACAGUAGCUGGGAAAAAUAUCAUAAUUUAAUUGCCAGCAGAUUUCCAUAUGAGAAAAGGACUUAUCUAUAGAACAUAAUGGAAUGAAU